ACGCCGAAAGCGGAAGAAAGUGCAUUUCUUCCCUCGGGGAAAGGAGGCGGCGGCGGCUCUUUGGCUCAUCGGGGAGCGAUGCUGCUGGUUCUGUCGGAAGAGCACAAGGAGCACCUGGGCUUCCUUCCCCAGGUGGAGAGCUCAGUUGUUAGUGAAUUUGGCCGUAUUGCUAUGGAGUUCUUAAGAAAAGGCACAAACCCCAAGAUCUAUGAAGGAGCAGCAAGAAAACUUAAUGUUAGUAGUGAGACAAUUCAACAUGGAGUUGAAGGGUUAACCUACCUUCUCACUGAGAGUGCCAAACUUAUGAUAUCUGAGAUAGAUUUUCAAGACUCCAUACUUGUACUAGGUUUCCCUGAAGAGUUGAAUGCCUUAUUACUUCACCUAUAUCUUGAUAACCGGAAGGAGAUCAGAAGUAUUCUGAGUGAACUAGCACCAAAGCUUCCGAGUUAUCAUAAUCUUGAAUGGCGACUGGAUGUGCAGCUUGCCAGCAGAAAUCUCAGACAACAGAUUAAGCCAGUUGUGACCCUAAAGCUGCACCUGAACCAGAAUGGAAAUCAGAACACCCAAAUAUUACAAACUGACCCCGCAACAUUGAUUCAUCUGAUUCAGCAACUGGAACAAGCUUUGGGAGAGAUGAAAACAAAUCACUGCAGAAGAAUAGUGCGCAACAUCAAAUAGCAUUGUCAUCUCAGGACACUUGCAGAAUUAAGGACAGUGUUGCAAAGUAACAGUUCAUUUGGGCCAGUCUUCAGCCAAGAUCAUGAAGCAAUGUUUGCAGGCUGAAUAUAGUUUGGUGCUAAUAGGCAUGCACUAUAAUAUAAUAUGCCAUGUGCAAGUUGGAACAAUUGGGAUAAACUUUAGGGAGAUGUAAAAUAAUUAAUUGAACAUGUGAGCUUCUCUGCAUUCAGUCACCUUUGGCAUAACAGACAUCAGUGUGUUGCUGUGAUGACCAAUAUUUUUCUCAUUUGUUUGUAAUAAGAAAAACCUUAUAAUUUUAUCUGUCUUUAUCAUCAGACUGAUUUCUUGCAAUUAUUUUAUUUUUCCUGGGAAAGCUGUUUCUCAGUGAUAUGGAGAUGGCCUUCAUACCAUCACUGCUCAUUGAUGGUAUUGUGUAAAAAGAAACAACUGCAAUUUGUGGUGAAAGUUGCAGUGUUCUAAUAAACAUAAAUAUCAUGGUCUAUCAUUUAAUUAUGUAUAUUGAUUCACACAAGACACUUCUGUGUGUGAGCAGUUCCAAAUGCCUUGCCCAUGUACUGAUACAUAGAUAAUGUGUUGUCUGGGCCAUAUGGAAAACAGACAAAUUUAACAAAUUCCACACUCAAAGCCACAAUUAGAAAGAAAACAUAUAGAAUAAUCUUUCGAUGGCAUUCACUCAAUAUACUUAAACGUGUGGAAGGAAACACCUAGAAACUUUUAUUUUUGUAUACUUUAUUUUGUAGUUGGCUUUUUCGCCUGCAUCUAGGAAAUUAACAGCUAAACAGAAAUUGAUUUUCUUUGACCUUUCAGGCUAGAAGACAUUCUGUUUCAGUAUUGGAAAGACAUAUGCUCACCUUCUAUUAAACAAUGAACAGAGAACCUCAAAAUAUUGUUCACAUUUAAGCAUGUGGCAUAUGGAGGUCAGCUGUGCAUAAACAUCUAAUGAGCUAUUUGCUAUCCUUGUUAGAUGUUUAUGGAUAGACUGUUUCAUGUUGCUGUAUUUCCAGUCUAUUAUCUGUCUGCUUAUUAUUUGUAAUAAAUGUACUUCCCCACUUAA